GCAAAAAUGGCUACAAAACACUAAUGUUGUAGUGUCCUGUAACCAGAAAACAAAAUGGCGACCGUUUGUCGUCUACUCAGAAAUAAAUGCAAUUUCCUGUCCAAAAAUGUUAUGAGAGCAAUGUCAAAUGAAACACGAGUUAUAGACCCUCAUGAAGAAAAAAUAGUUGAAAGUCACACAGAAAGAGACACCAUUAUUGUUGACAGAAAUGAAGUAUUAGCCUCAAUCACUGGUGUACCCGAGGAGCAUAUUAAAACUAGGCGAGUGAGAAUCUACAUGCCUGCCAGGAACUCGAUGCAGAGCGGCUCCUUUGGUCUGAACAGGUGGAGAAUGGACUUUGACACGAGGGAACGCUGGGAGAACCCUCUCAUGGGUUGGCAGUCAAGUGGUGACCCACUCUCCAACAUGCAUCUGGAGUUCAAAAACAGAGAGGACGCUGUAGACUUUUGUGAGAGAAAUGGUUGGGAGUGCUAUGUGGAUGAACCCAUCAAGACGACAAUAAAACCCAAGUCCUACGGGGCAAACUUCAGCUGGAACAAGAAGACAAGAGUGUCCACCAAGUAGACUGAAGCCUCUACAACAAUAAAUGACUAAAAUAUAGUUUGAAUAUUAAAAAACAACAACGUUUGUUGCAUUGCUGCUGUUUUUAAUCGGUUUCAAUUAGUAUGAUUGUGGUUAUUUCUGAUGAUAUUUGUCAAGAAUAUCAAUGGUAAUAUUCUAAAAUGAUAUUCUACAUUGUGAAUUUUGAAUACAAGUGAACUGUAAA